AUGAGCUACAUCAUGCCAGCACGCAGCGAGAUCAGUGACGGUGAGACGGUGGUCGGUGGCCCGACUAUGAACCAUUCCGCGAAGCCCAAGGGCAAGUCAAUUGAGGAGACCACCGAGACCAUACCCCAUGGCACAGUGGUGCACGGCCUGACAGCGAACGCGGACUACUUCUCGGAGGACAGGCCGUAUCUCUUCAAGAUCGGCGAGGGGAACCUACCAGCUGCACUGCAGAAGCUGGACAACCAGUUGAAGUCGAGAAACGAAGGCAAGAUCCUGUCGAAGAAGUCUCCAACGGACUGGAUCGGCCGCGAAGUGAACCCCGGCGAGAUUGGCUUGAUUAACCAUGGUGGCCUGCCUAGUGUGCUGCUCAGACCCGGACGCUAUCCCUCGUUCCCAUUGCGCAACUGGUGGGCAAGAUCCUGGGCGGGAACUCGCAACUUGUCCUCGAGCGUCAUUACCUUCAAAGGUUUGACCAUCGUGCAAGUGUCGCAGAACCAAGCCGCUGUCGUUUCAGAUCCUCAGAACCGCAUUUUCGUCGUCAAGAACGCGGGAUUCGUGGCGUAUGGUAUCUCUGGAAACUACGACGUACUUGCAGUUGUUGACCAGACUCACUUGUCAACGCCCGUACGCGACCAUGUCACCAAGGUUACGCUUGGGCACAUGCAUGAAGUCAAGGACACAGUUGGAAAGCAGGAGUUUGUUGUCGCUAUUUUUUUGGACAUUCCCGCCAACAACUGUGCUAUCCUUCAGCGGGGCGACGACCUCGAACUCCUUCAGGCCGGACAGCAUUGCGUGACGAACCCGAACGUUACGCUGCGCGGAAUGUACACCCUUGGCGAGAAUCAGUUCGAGAUGCCCACGAAGGAUAUCUAUACUCGCGACCAGGUUCCCGUUAGCUUGACGCUCUACCUCAAGUGGCAGCUCACCGAGCCACUGAAGCUCGCCACGCAUGGCUACGAGACGCCAUACGACGCGCUUCGCGACAAGACCCAGUCUAUUCUGACCCAGAUCGUGGCUCAUCUUGAAUACAGCUCGAUGGUCAAGCAGCGCUCCAUGGCGCCGGAGAUGGAAGACCAGGCAGAGAGGGACGAUCCCUCGUCGCAGUUCCUCGACUCGCUGAGGACGCGUGCUAUGGACGACCUCCACGCCGCUGCCUUGGAGUAUGGUAUCGUACUGAAGGACCUUGCUGUCAUUGACCGCCAGUUCAAGGGUGACAUCGCAGCAACGAUGGAGAAGCUUACGACGCGUGCUUUGCAAGCGCAAGUCGAAGCUGCGAAUGUUGAUCGCGAGAACAGCAACAAGGUUAAGCAGGAGGAGGGUGCGCUGUCUGUGGCCCGCAUCAAGGCCAUGGCUCGCAACACACAAGCUGAUGCUGAGGCGUACUCAGUCAUUGCUGCUGCUAAGGCUGAAGCUGAACGUACACGUAUCGCCGCUGCCUCACAGGCAGAAGCAGUCAAGCUCGCUGCAGAGGCUCAGGCGGAAGCCGUACGUAUCAAGGCCCAGGCCGAUGCGCAAGUCACAGACAACUUCGCGCGUGAGAUGGAGAUGCGUCGCGUGGAGGUUCAGCGCGUAGAGGCGUUCGGCGAACGUGCUGUCUUCGUUCCCACCGACGGCAUCGGCGCAUCAGCUGGCGGUUCCAUGCUCACUGGGCUCGCAGCUGGACUGGGUGCCGACUCUGCGAGGCGCUAG